AUGGCGGAUGACGGCGGCCGGCAGCAGAAGGAGCGCCUCGCAAUUGGUGGCGACCUUGAGCAGCAGUGGCGGCUUGCCUGCGCUCUCAGGCAGCGAGCCAACCCCACCACGCUCUGCAGUCUGCUCAGAGCUCUUGGCUCCGAUGGCCUGAUGGCGCCAAGCAGCCAGCAGGCACUGUUGCAAAACUGGGCCGGGGGUUCACCGCUGGCGGAACUGUUGCCGCCCGACGUCGACCACCAGCGGCGUGUGCUGCGGGCGGUGGUGCUAGCUGCGGAGCAGGAUGGGCAGGAGGUGUGCGAGGAGCUCAUGCAGCUCUACAGCGCCCGUCUGCUGGGCCAGGCAGGUGCAGUCGGCGGCGGCUCAAGCACCGCACUGUUAGCCGCCCCGCAGCCGCAGCCGGGCUGGUGCUACAAGCUGUACGGCUAUGCCCCGGCAGGAGAGCCCACCGCCGCCACCUGGCACCGUAUGGGCGUGCUGGACCGGCAGGCGGUGGAGCGCUGCCAGCAGGAGCAGCAACAUUGGCGGCAGGAGCUGGACGGCCAGCAGCAGGGGGAGGAGGAUGGCGAGCCCGGGCUGCUGCCGCCGCUGCCUGUCACGGCCGGCGAUGCGCGGCACGGCCUGCUGGCCCUCCACGUCUCGCUCAAUCUGCUGGAGGGCGGCACCGGCUGCCACGAGUGGGAGGCGGGCUUCUGGCUGGCAGAGUGGGUGCUCAGCCACCCGCAGCUGGCAGCAGGCCGCUGCUGCCUGGAGAUUGGGUGCGGGGCAGGCAUGGUGGGCGUGGCGCUGCACCGCUGUGGCGCCGCUGCCGUCGUCUGCACAGAUGGCGAUGCCCAGACGGUGGCCAACUGCCGGCUCAACUUGCAGCUGAAUGGCGUGCCGCUUUUGGCUGCCAGGGACGGCCCGGCAGAUGCAGCUCCUGCCGUGCUGGCAGCAGCACCGGCACAGGAGGAUGGCAGCAACGUGGAAAUGCAGCAGCAGCAGCCGGCAGCGUACAUCGCCACCACUCUGCGAAACGAGGCCACCCUGCAUCAGUUUUUGGUGGCGGCGGAAAGCGACCCUGCCAUUUACAUCCAGCAGCUAGCGGGGCCUGCAGCACGCAGCUCAGCGGGCAAGGCGGCAGCAGCUGGUGGGGUCGAGGAGGGCGCUGCUGGUCGGGAUGGUGGCUGUGAUGCCAGUAGGGGCGGGAGCAGCCCCGCGAUUCGUUUUCAGCACGUGCCGGAGCUGGAGGCUGCCCGCAGCCGUAUCUUCCUGCACAGAAUCACCCUGGCGCCGUGA